CGAUGCCAGAUGGCCGAAUGACUCACAACAGACAAAAGUAAUUAACUAAUUCGUAACUAAUCCUUUAUUAACUCCUAAUGCAAUUACAGAUCAUAACACUCAACCACCGCGACGAGCUCCAAGAGCCAUCCCCUAACAACUCCCUCCGCUCCCUCGGCAUCACCUCCGGCGAUCUUGUCUUCUGCACCCUCGAACCUUCCUUCCAAACCCUAGCUUUGCCUUCCCAUCCAAAUUUGCACUCAUCCGCAGAAUCCCCAAAUCGAAUUGAGCCCCAAUGUUCGAAUUUCCGUAACUCCGAAACCCUAAUUGACAAAGGGGGUGUUAUGGACGAUUCGAUUGGUGAAGAUCCGAAGUCUGGAGGUUCGAAUUCGAAAACCCUGGUAGUUUCUGGUGCCGAAAGUAUGGAAAUUGAUGAUCCGUCUGAUGGGCUAGGGUUGGAAAGGUACUUGGUUCCAUUUUUCUUAAAGCGGGUACUGAGGGAAGAGUUGGGAGAGGAUCAUAGCAAUCAUCACAAGCUAUUGUUGAUUGCUGUACAUGUUGUGCUAUUAGAGUUUGGUUUCGUUGGGUUCGAUUCACUUUCGAGUAUGUUGGCCAAUCAAAAGACGGGUUCAACAAUUUCGCUUUCAUAUACUUUGCCUGAGCUUUUGCAAAAUCUGGGCAGUGAUCGUAAUGGGGUUGAAGGGGUUGUGUUGAAGUUUCAGAAUUUGGGGCAUUUUGUGAAUGUUUAUGGGUCUUUGGCCUUUGGAGGUUCUUCGCCCCAUCAGAUAUGUUUGGACAAAAACAGAUUUGCCCCAAUGAUCGAAUCCAUUUGGGAAAACCAAAAUGUGAAUGAGAGAGAUGGGUUAGCCCCAGAGAGAGAAGUUUUAGAGUUUUGGAAGAUUGUGAAAAAUGGGAUCACAUUUCCAUUGCUGAUUGAUCUUUGCGCAAUGGCGGGUUUGCCCGCCCCACCGAGCCUUAUACGCCUUCCACCGGAGCUCAAAAUGAAGAUUCUGGAGCCACUGCCUGUCGACAUUUCCAAGGUGGGUUGUGUUUGUAAGGAGCUGCAAAAUCAUGCUAAUAAUGAUGAAUUGUGGAAGCAGAAGUAUGCUGAGGAGUUCGGUAAUGGCAGCAGAGGAGAAGGAACUGGAGGUGAAGGAACAGUGACUAACUGGAAGUUUAGGUUUGUUGGAAAUUAGGAGACUAGGAAGCAACAAAUGAAAGCAGUAGUGAUGUGGAGAUCAAUUGAGACGCGUUAUUUCAACCGUAUCAAGAGGGACCAUAACCCAUUUGUACCUUCAAGGAUUGGUGGAAUAAUUGGUGGGGAUUAUGACCGCUUUCCACUCCUAGGUGCUGUUGAUCCUACUCGACAAGCACAUCCUCUACAACAACCCCGAAUAUCUGAUAUGCGGCGUAAUUUUUCACCCAACUGCAAUCUGGGCAGUCUGGGAGGGUUCAAUAUCUAAUAUGGUGGUUUGAAGGUUGCUGGAACUGAAGCUGCAGGUUCAUGUUUCAUAUGCAUAGGAUAUAUAAUAAGCAUAUUGUUUAAUCUGCAGCUAGUAUUAAGACUAAAUUAUAGUAAACUUUAGUUAUUUUUUUCUUCUUGUUGAUGUGUACAUUUGUUGUUACUUAUGUUGAUUACCGUUGGAUUUUGGAUAUAAUUUAAAGUCAAGUUUUGUA